AUGCCUGCUCAAUCGAGGAGACGCCAUCCGGCGCAAGAAGAGGAGGACGACGAAGAAGAAGAAGAGCCCACGCAACGAACCCAGCGUGGCAGAGGGCGAGCUGCUGUUUCUGAUGACGAUAGCGAAGAGGAACCCGACGAUGGCGAGGAGAUGGAGGUGGAUGCGGGGGUCGAUACCCAGGACCAAGCUGUGAAGAAAUUGAUCAGAUACGCUCUGGCAUGCGAAUUUCAACGUCUGGUUAUUAGGAGGACUGGCAUAGCGGAAAAAGGUUGGAGCCCUGUGCGACAGGCGCAGAAGCAAUUACGAAGCAAAUUUGGAAUGGAAAUGGUCGCUUUGCCAGAAAGAGAAAAGGUACAGCUGAGAGAUAAAAGAAACGCCUUAAAAUCGAAAAAGGGAGCCAAAUCAUCUGUUGCAACUUCAUAUAUCCUAACGACAACAUUACCCCCCGCUUACCGUGAUCCAGCCAUCAUCGCACCAUCAUUGAUUGGCAACUCUGAAGAUGAAGCAGCAUACAUCGCCCUAUGCACAGUGAUUGUGGCAUAUAUUGCGAUGAACCCGGGUGGACAAGUGCCGGAUUACAAACUAGCGAGGAUGUUGAAACGAAUGAACGCGGAAACGAAUGUACCUGGCGGCACAAAGACAGAGGUCGCUUUGGCGCGAAUGGAGAGACAAGGCUAUAUCUGGAAAGUUAAAGAGAACACGGGUGAAGACGAGACCACAGAUUGGAGGGUGGGGCCCAGGGGCAAGAUUGAGAUCGGAAACAGAGGCAUACAAGGCUUCGUGAGGGAAGUGUAUGGUGAAGAUGCAACAGAAGAUCUCGACAAAAGGUUGAAUCGCAGUCUUGGGGUUGAGGCAAGGGUUGUUGGUCCGGAGGAAGAACUUGCAGCAGAACAUAAUGAUGGCCGUCCCAGAACGCAGGCAGCAAGAGAGAGGAGAAGACUGGCUGAUGACGAAGAGGAUUGA